AUGGCUGCCAACCAGCAGCAGAUGAAGAAAGGCAAUGCUGGACCUUCUGCACAAGCCCAGGACAGGAUGGCAGACGAGGAACAGCUAGAGCAGGCCCUGAAGCAUCUCGACCUCUUAUAUAUCAAGUGUCGAGAGCUACGGACAACCAUUCCUCGCAUGUUCGAGUCGGUGCCAGACACCACCGAAAACCUAGUAGACGUUUACAGUCAAGCUAUCAUGUCGAUGAAAUCUGCGAGCACCGAGAUUAAGGAUUUCGGCGCCCUGUACACCAACGAGCAGAGCAAGAAGGUAUUAGAACAAGCGAAGAAGAGUCGUGACGCCAACCCGAAAGGCAUCAGACCUUGGCGAGCCAGAGACCACCCGAACUUGAUGGACAGUUCCCAGUAA